CAAAUUGUCCUUUUCCAGUUUGACUUACUUAUGUGAUAUCCAGUGGUAUAAGGAGUCAGGGGCCCCAGCUCUUAUACUUCCCUGUUUGCGAGUAUUUAGCUUAGGCUGGAGGUUGCCAUUUCCAUCUUUGAAAAGAUGCAAGCACAGGAGAUCCUACGGAACCUGCGAUUUCCAGAGUUUGAAGACUUCAGUCAGUUUUUCCGAAGUUUGCCAGCUACUACCUUAGUAGGCAUAGGGGCCUUUGCAGCUGUUGUUGCGUAUUGGCUGGCCAGCCGGCCAAAAGCAGUGAAACCACCAUGUGACCUCCUGAUGCAAUCAGAAGAAGUUGAGGGCUGGGAUGGCGCACGAAGAUCUGUAAUUGGAGACAGCUUACAAUUGUUAACUCACUACUAUGAUGAUGCAAGGACCAUGUAUGAGGUUUUUAGAAGAGGUUUUAAUAUAUCUGAAAAUGGUCCCUGCUUAGGAUUCAGGAAACCCAAACAGCCUUACCAGUGGUUGUCCUAUAAAGAGGUUGCUGAAAGAGCAGAAGCACUGGGUUCAGGCUUACUCCAAAAGGGAUGUAAACCAUCAACAAGUCAGUUUAUUGGGGUUUUUGCACAAAACCGGCCAGAGUGGAUCAUUUCUGAGCUGGCUUGCUAUACCUAUUCCAUGGUUGUGGUUCCCCUGUAUGAUACGUUAGGCCCUGGAGCCAUUCGUUAUAUUAUCAACACAGCUGAUAUUUCUAUAGUCGUUUGUGAUAAGCCUGAAAAAGCCAGAAUCCUGUUAGAAAAUGUAGAGAAAAAAGAAACACCAGGAUUGAAAUGUAUUAUUUUGAUGGACCCUUUUGAGAAGGACCUUAAAGAAAGAGGACAAAGGUGUGGAGUUCAUAUCCAGGCUAUGCAGGAAGUAGAGGACUGUGGUCGAGAAUGUUGGCAUGUCCCAGUACCUCCUCGACCAGAAGAUCUGUCAAUUGUCUGUUUUACUAGUGGCACUACAGGUAACCCUAAAGGUGCUAUGCUGACUCAUGGGAAUGUGGUUGCUGAUUUUUCAGGUUUUUUGAAAGUGACAGAGAAAGUGAUCUUUCCGAGACAGGACGAUGUGCUCAUCUCCUUCCUGCCUUUGGCUCACAUGUUUGAAAGAGUGAUACAGUCUGUAGUGUAUUGCCAUGGGGGACGAAUUGGGUUCUUCCAAGGGGACAUUCGCCUGUUGUCUGAUGAUAUGAAAGCACUGCGUCCAACCAUCUUUCCUGUUGUGCCACGACUGCUAAACAGAAUGUAUGACAAGAUCUUCAGUCAAGCAGACACCCCACUGAAACGCUGGCUUCUGGAAUUUGCUGCCAAGCGUAAAAAGGCGGAAGUUCAAAGUGGAAUAAUUAGAAAUGACAGUCUGUGGGAUAAACUCUUCUUUAACAAAAUACAGGCAAGCCUCGGUGGUUGUGUAAGAAUGAUUGUAACAGGAGCUGCUCCUGCUUCACCCACUGUCUUGGGUUUCCUUCGAGCAGCCCUAGGAUGUCAGGUUUAUGAAGGCUAUGGUCAAACAGAAUGCACAGCUGGUUGUACCUUUACUACUCCAGGGGACUGGACAUCAGGUCACGUAGGAGCACCUUUGCCUUGUAAUUUAAUCAAGCUGAUGGAUGUUGAAGAGCUGAAUUACUUUUCUUCCAAAGGAGAAGGAGAGAUCUGUGUGAAAGGUCCAAAUGUUUUCAAGGGCUACCUGAAAGAUGAAGAGAAAACCACUGAAGCUUUAGACAAGGAUGGAUGGCUGCAUACAGGGGAUGUUGGGAAGUGGUUGCACAAUGGUACACUUAAAAUAAUUGAUCGAAAAAAGCAUAUAUUUAAACUGGCUCAGGGAGAAUACAUUGCACCAGAAAAAAUUGAGAAUAUCUACAUUCGCAGUGAGCCUGUCGCCCAGAUAUACGUGCAUGGAGAUAGCUUACAGGCCUUCCUGGUGGGGAUUGUUGUACCUGAUGCUGAAAUCAUGCCAGCCUGGGCCAAGAAAAAGGGCUUUGAUGGAACUUUCACAGAGCUCUGUAAAAAUGUGGAGCUAAAAAAAGCAAUAAUGGAAGAUAUGGUGCAGUUAGGGAAAGAGAGCGGACUUCAUUCAUUUGAACAGGUUAAAGCUGUUUACGUCCACUCUGAAAUGUUCUCUGUACAAAAUGGUUUGUUGACACCUACAUUAAAAGCUAGGAGACCAGAGCUGAGAGAAUACUUCAAGAAACAGAUAGAAGAGCUUUAUUCAAGCAUCUCCAUCUGACACCACAAGAAGGUUCUUCAGAAUAAUGAACUCUGUAGCGAUAUUAGGAUAAUACUGAAAAGUGAGAAGGAUGCAGUUGAAAUGAAUAAGCAUCUGAUCUUCCACGUGAGCCUUCUGUUGUCUGAAGACACCAUCUCUGAGUAAUUCCUUUACCAUCUAGUUCUAGUUCUUGUUGUAAUGGAUGCUCUAGAAGAUUGCUUAAAAAACAUACUGGACAACUAUUACACUGUUUUAAAUUCCACUACUCCUGAAAGCAUUUUACAGACAUCUUUGUUAUUAAUACCUGCAAAAACCCCUUAGCAAACAGGAAGGAAAAGCAGAUUGGACCUGCCCAUUUUGUACGACACUUCUCUAAGCUCCUGGAUGAUUCAAAAAUGUGAUAGGGUUUCCAGAUGUCUCUCUGGAUGGGUACCAUUUAAGAACUCUUUAGAAGCAAGAGGUUCACAGGUUGUACAUCAUGCACACACCUUGCUUAGUAUGGUACAGCACCUUUCAUCAUAUGGUGCUCCUUCUCCCUCAGCUGCUAUUGUGUGCAUAUGCAGCCAAGAACUCCUCACUGAAACUGAGCUCUUAAAAGUACCAGAGUCCCACUCAUUGAAAUAUCUGACAAAGACUAGUGGUCUACCUCAAAUUUUCUUUGAUGCACAAAGCUGGAAAUAAAUCUGCUACCCUGAUCUAGAACUUAAAA